UUGCGUGUGGUGUUUCGCAGGACUUGUUGUUGUUGUUGUGUGUCGAUAUGACCGUGGCUGACGAGACUGCUUCGCGUGGUGCACCUGCACCCUCCUCCACCUCGCCUGCGCCCGUGGCCACCUUUGGCACUGGCAAGACGGCGCAAGGCCUCCCCAACGACAGUGGUGCACCCACGAUGAACGGCAAUGGCACUGCGAGCACUGGCUCGCCGCAAAAGGCGGCCCCUGCGCCCGCGUCUGCGCCUGCGCCUGGCUGGGUGUAUGCCGUGAGCCAGCUGGUGCUGAUUGGUGCGACCGUGCUGUCCGGCUGGGGCGUGCUGUACCUCGGGCCGCGAUACUUCAAGAAGAGCAGUGGUGCCAUUGAGUACACCAUCGCUGCCAUCCCCUUCUACUUUGCGCUCAUGCUUGUUGAGCUUGCGCUCAUGCAGCUGUCCAAGGCGCUCCGCGUUGCGCAGGCUGCCCGCUACUCGCUGGCGGACUCGUGGAGCUCCAUCACCGCAGGCGCCACGCAGCAGCUUGUGAUCGUCACCGUCAUCUCUCCGCUGCUCAAGGCGAUUGGGCCUUACUUUGGGUAUGCCCUCAUCUGGGAGAAGGCCGCCCUCUUCCGCCCGGAUGUGGACGCCUGGCCCAUCUGGAUUGCGGGCUUCUUCACCGCGGACUUUGCCUACUACUGGGCCCACCGCUUCUACCACACGAACCAGCUCUUCUGGGCCGGGCACCAGGUCCACCACAGCUCGGAGCACUACAACCUGAGCACGGCCCUGCGCCAGUCGUGGUGGCAGGCCGCGUGUGGCGAGCUCCUCAAGCUGCCCUUUGCCCUGUUCAUCCCGCCCCAAGUCUACCUCAUCAACAGCUCCCUCAACACAGUGUACCAGUUCUGGGUGCACACCUGCCUUGUGGACCGGCUUGGCCCGAUCGAGUGGUUCUUCUCCACGCCGUCCCACCACCGCGUGCAUCACGACCGUCGCGUCCACAAAAACUUUGGCGGCGUCCUCAUCAUCUGGGACCGCAUCUUCGGAUCCUUCCUUGACGAGGCCGAGGAUGUGCGGCGCUACAACUGGGACCGCAAACAGGAGGAGAUUGAGCUGUACGGUGUGAUCCGGCCUGUCGAGUCCUGGCUCGAGCCAUGCCUCCAGUACACGGGCUUCCAGACCAUCCUUGGCCGCAUCAAGCGCCACUUCCUCAUCAAAGGCUUCAGUUUGGUUGAGUUUGCGCGCAUCCUUGUCGUUGGUCCCGGCUGGACGACGGUGAUGCAGAAGCGGACGCUCCGUCCCACCAAGGACGAUGCAUCACGCCUCCGCCUUCGCCGCCCCUUCUCCAGUCACGUUGUUGCCAUCUACUUCUUCGCUCAGUUCCUCAUGUACCUCACCGCCGCUGUGAUUGGCCUCCUGUUCAUCGGCAAGGCAUACACGCCGGCACUCGCUGGCAUUGGCUUUGCCUUUGCUCUCAGCGUGACGCUUGCGCUCUUCCUCGACUUUCACCCGCUCGCUGCCGCUGCCCACGUCACCGUGUGCAUCACCGCCAUUGCGCUGUUUCUCCCCUACUGGUGCCCUGCGGUCUUUGGCGACCUCUUUGGGUUGCCUGCAGGCACCGUUUGGCGCGUGCAGCUCGGCCUGUCUGCACUGCACUUCUUUGGCCUUCUUCUCACCCUCACUGGCCUCUGGCCCGGCCGCCCGGCUGCCAGCGCCAAGAAGACCCAUUGAAGAUGCAGACACGCCCUGACAUUCGUCGCAUGUCUUUUCUCCUCCCCUCUUCUUCUUUUCGUCCAAUCUUCCUCCCUACCCUUUCCCCAUUCCUUCCUCCUCGUCCUUCUUUUUCUCUCCGUCUGCGUCUGCGUACUCUGCUGUCACGUAGUGCAUCGGGUUAGUGUUGACCCCAUCCUUGCUCCUUUGUGCUUGGUUGUGCAUGGUUGUGAAAGCAGCCAUCAUCAUCAUCAUCAUCAUCAUCAUCAUCAUCAUCAUCAUCAUCACAAGGAGAGAUGGUUGU